GUCAUGUUUCCGCUCCCUAUUAGUUUAUAUUGCCCUGAAUAAUCCCGACUUCCUUUGUCUCGACCGCCACACCCAUGUCCUCAACAUCCACUUUCUAGCACCCCCCAUCUGUCCUCUUUGACCCAAACUUUUCAAUAAGGCGAUUGGCCAAUCCCUCCCACCCGCUCGUAACCACCGAAUAUACAUAUAAUCCGCCAGAGUACUCUGUCUGCCUGGCUCGGACAGCAACAGCACCAUGCGGACCGCAGCGCACGGCUUCUACCUGGCAGUGUUCGCGCUGCUGGGGACGUCGCGCGCGGCAUCGCAUGCCACCAAGUCACAUCCGCUCCCGCCGAACGUGUGCGAAUUUGAACCUGGAGCUAUUGUGUCGGAUGCCUGCGCCUCCUACUCCACCCUCGAGAGCCUCAACGACGCCAUCCACCCGUACCUCCACUCGAUUACCCAGAAUACCGACUUCUUCUCCCACUACCGCCUGAAUCUGUACAACAAGAAAUGCCCCUUUUGGUCCGACGAGAAUGGCAUGUGUGGGAACCGCGCCUGUGCCGUGAAUACGCUGGAAAAUGAGGAGGACAUUCCGUUAGUUUGGCGGGCGCAUGAGCUGGGAAGACUGGAGGGACCAACUGCUCAGCACCCUGGCAAGAGACAGCAGAAAGAGCGUAAGGCCAAGCCUUUACAAGGAAAGCUGGGAGAAAACGUUGGAGAGAGUUGUGUGGUGGAAUAUGACGACGAAUGCGACGAGCGUGACUUCUGCGUGCCCGACGAUGAGGGCGCAAGCGCAAAAGGUGACUACGUGAGCCUGAAAGACAACCCGGAACGCUUCACUGGGUACGCCGGCGCUGGAUCUCAGCAGGUCUGGGAAGCCAUAUACCGCGAAAACUGCUUCUCCAAGCCCGCGAGACCCGCGGAACUGUCCAGCGGCAACACGCCCCUUGGUGGUUUUGGAGCGCCUAAUUUCGAAGCCGCGAAUGCUCUACAGAACGUCUUGCGCGAGCGGAGCGUGCAAGCCAGCGUCCAAUCCGCCAUCGCGCAGGGCGGCUCGUCCGGCUUCGACCCCAUCGAAUUCGACGACGACUGCCUCGAGAAGCGUGUCUUCUACCGCGUAGUCAGCGGCAUGCACGCCUCCAUUUCCUCCCACCUAUGCUGGGACUACCUCAACCAAACCACGGGCCAAUGGUCCCCAAAUCUAGCAUGCUACGAGCAACGCCUGCACAACUUCCCCGACCGCAUCUCGAACCUCUACUUCAACUACGCUCUGAUCCUACGCGCCGUCGGCAAGAUAAAACAGCACGUCGCCGACUACGAAUUCUGCUCCGCCGAUCCAGAGCAGGACCAAAUCACCAAAGCCAUGGUGCUCCGCCUCGCCUCGGCCAUGCCCUCGGGCGCCGCCAUCUUCGACGAGAGCGUCAUGUUCCGCGAGCCGGGCUCCGGCGUCACACUGAAAGAAGACUUCCGCAACCGCUUCCGCAACGUCUCGCGCAUCAUGGACUGCGUCGGCUGCGACAAGUGCCGCCUGUGGGGCAAAGUGCAAACGGCCGGCUACGGCACCGCGCUGAAGGUGCUCUUCGAGUUCGACGAGCACGACUCGAGCAAGGACCCGCCGCUGCGCCGCACCGAGCUCGUCGCGCUGCUCAACACCAUGGACCGCCUCAGCCACAGCCUGUCGGCCAUCAAGCAGUUCCGGCGCAUGAUCGACGAGCGCGACGGCGUCAAGACGUUCGAGGCGUGGCCGACGGAGGAGGCUGAGGCCGUGAAGGCGAAACUCUCCCUCGACGUCGACGCGGAGAAGGACGAGCAGGAGGAGCCUGUGGAUGCCGCCGACGACGACGGCUUCCCCGACUUUUCGCGCUCGAACCGCGCGGGCCUGACGUUCAUGGAGGAGUUCUGGGAGGAGUUCGACCUCGUUUCGCGAGCGUUUAUCUACGUGUUUAAGAGCUGGUUGGCGAUACCGGAGAAAGUGUGAGUUUAACCAAGAAAUCCAUCCACCGACACGAUGUGCCGAAGUCAGGAAACGCAAACUGACGAUUCGAUUUUUUUUCCCCCUGGGUACA